AUCUCCGUGAACUACCUCACUUCGGAUCAUGAUAGAAGAACUUGAAUAAUUUUAUAAAUUAAAAUGCGAUUGGAUUACGAAAAUGGGCGUGAGACUACAAUUUCGCACAAUAGUACAUCAUUGAAUGAACCCGAGUUUACGAGCAGACUGCCACAGCGAAUUCAACCACCAAUACUUCACUUCUACCCGUACAAUUGGGCUGGGAAAUUUUCGUCUACUCUGAUUUCCUCGUCGGUGAGCUUCAACUCUUGCUGCGAAUUGCAUGAAAACUCUCACAGGUAGGCGGACAUGACAGUUCUAAAGGAAUGGCGCAAGACAAGAAGAGCAUAGACGCUAGCUAAAGAGAUUUCCGGUUGGCCCGUGUGAGUGGGAUGCACAAAAGUGUAGUACAGUACUGUACAGAAGUGGGCUCGUUGUGUGAAAGGCUAAGGUGUCUCGUUCGCCUGUUGCAAGAUAGGAUUCGAAAACUGGGGAUUCAUGGGCAUUUCAUUAUGAAGUUGUGCCGUCUUGGCUGUUGACUAGGUUAGGCGUGAUCCGCGGAAAGAAUUUCAGUUCCCUUCGGAGUAGUUACACUGCGACUCCUUUUUUUUAUCCAGCUGUGUUUCACCAACAGAAACCAUGCCGUUCGCGAAUCAGCCUUCGAUCAGCAUUACGGAGAUUACGGAAGAUUCAGUCAAGUUCGCCGUGUGGGAUACCGACUUGAGUGUGGCAAACUCCGUGCGCCGCGUUCUGCAUGCGGAAACGCCGACCAUGGCCAUCGAUUGGGUUCAAAUUGAGUCCAAUUCAACUGUACUUGGUGACGAAUUCAUUGCACACCGCUUGGGCUUAAUCCCUCUCACGUCGGACGAGGUAGUGGAGCGCAAGCAGUAUUCGCGGGAUUGUCACUGCCCAGAUUUUUGUGAGGAUUGUGGAGUGGAAUUCACUUUAGACGUCAAGUGUAACGACGACCAAACGAAGUUAGUUACCACCGCGGAUUUGAGGAGUAGUGAAGGAGCCGUUGUUCCCUUCACUUCUCGUCGGCGUGAUGAUGAUGCCAACGAGUACGCCGACACCGAAGAUAUUCUCAUCGUGAAAUUGCGUAAAGGACAAGAGCUCAAGCUGAAGGCCUACGCAAAAAAAGGCUUCGGAAAAGAGCACGCGAAAUGGAAUCCUACAGCAGCAGUUGCUUUCGAGUAUGAUCCGGAUAAUGCUUUGAGACAUACCUUGUAUCCUAAACCGGAUGAAUGGCCGAAAUCUGAGUUCAGUGAAUUGGACGAUGAUCAAUAUGAGGCACCUUAUUUACCGGAUGCGAAGCCCAACAAGUUUUACUACACAGUCGAAAGCAGCGGAGCGCUUCGUCCACAUAAUAUCGUUCUUGGCGGUUUGGCUGCUUUGAAGCGGAAACUCUCGGAUCUUCAAACGCAGCUGUCGCAUGAAAUUCAACAAACUGAAGCCGACACCUUGAAUGCUUUGGCUAUCAACUAAAAUUGUUUCCAACUUAUUUUUUUCGUGAACUGUUCUGGUUUUGAUAACCUCUUUUGACUGCUGAUUAUUCCGAAAACAAUCGGAAAGAAUAGGUUUUUUUGCCGGUUGAAAA